AUAAUAUUUCCCAAUCUUUCCCAUCCCACAUCUGAGAUACAUACACAUAUAGGUCACAUAACCCAACUUGGAAACUCAGACACAUUAACACACAUUCCUUGUUGGCUAGAACAGAGAACAGUAAAGAUGCCCUUAGAGAAGCUGUCCCCUGAGCUGGGUAAGAUGAAAAUCUCAGACCACCCAGCCGAAGGAAUCAAGUUCAAUGUUCUGGAUACAUCUUCGGGUUGCAACAGCCUAUUGGAGGUUUCAGGAGUUAGGAAACAACCGAUGAAGCAGAAGUUUCUGCUCCGAAGACCUCGUGUCCACUGUCUGUAUGGACAAACUCGUGCUGAUGGAUUAGAUUGGGUUCACAAAAAUGUUACUAUCGAGAAGGAUGCGGAGGAAUCCAACUGGGUGAACAUUACGGGUAGGAAUAAGGUUUCUGGCAACGCGUAUGACGUUAAGGGCCUGCUAAGCGAGUGCGAAAGUAUUUCCGAAGUGGUGUCCAUUGACUUAAAGAAGGUUAAGGAGGCAUAUCAGGAAAAGCUUUAUCAGAUCCCCAAAGCUUCUAGGUCAAAUGCAUAUGACUUUACAAGCAUGAUAAGUGAAUGCGAAAAACUGGAGAAGGCUCUUCAAUAUGAAGGCGCACAUCCUCCGACCCAGAACGCCGACGAAGUGAAUGUCGAUGAGCUGUCCUGCUACCUAGAAAAUAUGGCCAACAUACCCAAGAAGCUGUCGGCCAUGGCCGAAAUGAUGUAUACCUAAGGUUCAAAAUGGGGAUGGUGACUUAUUAGGUUUCCAAGAAUAAACGAAGCUUGCAUAUUUUGUAA